UCUAACGUCACAGUGUUGUGAUAUCUGAUUCCUUUAUGAAAUCUAUCCUUGUAUCUCUAUAUGUAAAGUGCCUUUGGAGUGAAACAGAGCAAGGAGGGACACGACCAAAAAAAAUCAAAUGCAUGAAGUGGACAGUGUAAGCCGGUAGGAAGACCUGCAAGCUAUAACGGAUAAAGCAGCAUGCUGAAUGUCAUCAGAAGCCCACUUCAUAGCUCAAAGCUUUCUUUUCAAUAUGAAGAGGUGGACCACUUUCCAAAACGGUCACAAAAUAAAGAAGACCGGCUUUGCAGCUGUUUCUACCAGAAAAAUCUCAAAGUUGCCAAAGAAAAAGAACGCAUCAAACAAUUUAGUAUAUGGUUUGCAGAAGUGGACAAAUACAAACAGGAAGAAUACAUUAAACGCCGUCGAAAGUGGAGACUGGAAAGACAGUAUCGAGCACGAAAAUUUUGGAAAAUACGCUGUCUCUUGAUUCCAGUGAUGCUGUUUCUCUGUGCGGGUAGUUUCCUGUUACUGGCUUGCCACUUACCAUUCUUAGAAUUGGGGGACUGGUUCAAGGAGAAAAAGUCCGAGUGGACGGUAAUUGGAAGUGUAUGCGUGGGAAUAGCGUUCGUUUUAUUUAUGUUUGAACAGGGACUUCUGAGUCACUAUGGAAACAAAACGCAACUUAAACGUUUCGCUCAGUUUGAUCAGGUUAAAACUAAUAAAUCCGUUCUUCCAAACAGUACAUAUGGGAAAUCAACGGACGAAGUAUUACCAAAAUCUAUACCAAACUUGUCGCCUACUUUUGCCAAAGAAGAAAACCAAAUCAAUUCCGCAUCCAACUUUGACUCAAUAGACUCAGAGGAAACGAUUGAAACUUUGAAUGAAGAUGAUCCUUUACUCACUAAAUUAAAGAAACGUUCGCCUACAAUGUCAGAAAUAGCCCAGACAAAGAAGGCAAUACAGAGACUGCGGUCAGUGGACACGGCAGUAUCUGCUCUUACAGAGGUCACUUUUCUCAGCAGUAAUGACUCGUCGUAGAAAGUUCCCCCGAUUUUCUAUGGCCCGAGGAGAUGGGGAGCUAGAGGGAAACACAUAUGCAAGAUUAAAGACAAGAUUGAUAUAUCAACUUUUGUAUUUCUUUGCCUGACAAUCCAUUUUUUUUUUAAGUUCACGAAAGAAUGGAAGUGUGAACAAUUCUUAAACGCAAUUAAAUGUCUUCCAAUUUG